ACUGCUUUGGUUGACCCCUUUCCGGCUGAACCCAACAGUAAAGUUGGCACCAGCCCACCGCCACCGUUCGUCCUUCUCCAAACUACAAGUUCGCCGUCACCGUCCGCGCGCGCCGGUGACACACCCGCCGUCCUGACCGCCUGACUUCCUCUUCCUCCUCCCCCCGCCCUCGGCAGCGACCCCGAUCCCAGCAAUCGCAUGACUAGAAGCCACACCCCGAAAUCCCUCGCCGUCCUGCUCCGUGCCCGGAUGUACGCCGACCCUAUCCCUUCCCCACCACCCGCUCCGUCACCCCCCGCCAGCCCCGACUCCAGUGCCCCGCCCGCAGCCGGCGCCGCAUCCGUCCGCCACUGGCUCCAUGCUUCUGUCUCCGCGGCCUCCCCGUCCCCCGCCGCCCUCGACUGCUUCUCAGAUGGCUACCGCUCCCUCGACAGCCGCGGCCGCCACGAGAUCCUCCGGUCCCUCGCGACCGAUUACGACGUGCCCCGCGCGCGGCUCCACGACCUCAUGCUUCAGUACGUCAGCGUCUCCACCACCGGGGAGGGUGGGGAUGAACAGCCGGGGGCGGAGAGGGAGGAGGGCGGCGCAGCUUCGGCGCUCUAUCGUAUGGAGCGUGGUCUUGGGGAUGCGCUCCGGCCAAAGUACGCUGGGUUCCUUGAGGCCAUGAACGCGCAGCCCGGUGGGCUCAAGCUCCUCGCUGUCAUCCGCGCCGACCUUCUAGCGUUAUUGGGGAAAGAGAAUGCUCCGGUGCUGCGUGCAUUGGACGGUUACUUGAAGGAGAAGCUCGUGACGUGGCUCAGCCCAGCGGCUCUGGCACUCCACCAGAUAACCUGGGAUGAUCCUGCCUCCUUGCUGGAGAAGAUUGUGGCUUAUGAAGCUGUGCAUCCAAUCAGAAAUCUAAUAGACUUGAAGAGAAGGCUGGGCAUUGGCCGCCGUUGUUUCGGGUACUUCCAUCCUGCGAUACCAGGGGAGCCCCUGAUUUUCAUCGAAGUUGCUCUCCUGAAAGACAUGGCCACAUCUAUACAGGAAGUUUUGUGGGAUGACCCUCCAAUUGCUGAAUGUGAAGCUAAAUGUGCGCUGUUUUACUCAAUUUCAUCAACCCAGCCAGGCUUAUCAGGUAUUAAUCUUGGGAAGUUUCUUCUCAAGCGUGUCAUUGACAUGUUGAGAAGAGAUAUGCCUUCAGUGCAGAUUUUUGCCACCCUUAGCCCUAUACCUGGUUUCAUGCAAUGGCUUCUUGCUAAGUUGGCAUCACAAAUAAAAUUAGCAGAGACAGAGUUGCAAGAAGGCAAUUCGUUAGAAGGUGCCAGUUCUACUUUCAGAGAGUCCAUCCUUCUCCCGGAGGAAGAGAAGAUAAUACACAAUGCGGUCGAACAAGUUAAUGAUAAACAGGGAAUUGAACUUUUACAAGAUGUACUGAAAUCAAGUCAGUGGGUGAAGUCUGACAAAUUAUCUGCUGCACUAAAAUCUCCUCUUAUGCGUUUGUGUUCAAGGUAUCUUGCCAGAGAGAGAAAGCGAGGAAAAGCUCUAGAUGCUGUCGCAAAUUUUCACUUGCAAAAUGGAGCAAUGAUCGAGAGAAUAAACUGGAUGGCCGACCAAUCAGAGAAGGGCAUUAAGCAAAGUGGAGGUAUCAUGGUCAAUUAUCUGUACAGGUUAGAGAGUAUAGAAGAGUAUGCACUGUCUUAUUCGGCUACAGGGCUUAUCCAUGGGUCACCUGGCAUGUCCUAAACUUCUAAUAUGUUGAGAGAUAUUCUGCAACAGCCCAAGGAUACAUGUGAUGGAGAUCUAGUUGCUUCAAAGUAACGUAUAGCAUCUAUGUGUGAUCUAAAUUCAACCAAGAUGAUUUACAAUGAUAGGUUCUGACACCAUUUUCCUGGUUUAUUUGACUGGUGUUUUUGUACUUUCUGGAUAUUGAUGAUUCUGGCUAGCUCACCAUCGGUUCUGUUGUCAAUUGCAGCA